AUGUCUUACGAUGAUUCAACCGAAAAGUGCAAGGAGUUUCUCGCAUCUUUAGAGUUGCCACCGUAUCCGUCUUCACCUGAAAGCAUGAGAACGAGCCUGUCAGAGGAGUGGACUUACAACCACCAAUCAAGUCGUAAUCAUUCACCUCUUUCCGAUGCUGUUAAUUCACCUCUUACUGAUGCUGUUAAUACGAACAAUACUUCGGAAGCAGCCAAUUCAAAUUCCGAGUUUUUAAAUCAACAAUCAUUUCAGCAUCAACAAUUAACAGAGCCAUUCAUCAACGAAGACAUUAACAAAUUACCAAAUGAAGAACUUCAGCAACAACAAGAUCGGUGUCUUGAAAAUGAAUCACCUUUACAAAAAGCAGAGCGAACUAGUACAAAAAACAAGAACCAACAAAGACAAGCACGAACUGCAUUUACUACGGAGCAGCUCAAUGAGCUUGAAAAAAUUUUCUGUACAAACAAUUACUUAUGCCGUACAACUAGAAUUCAGACUGCGUCUAAAUUGAAACUCACCGAAAGACAGGUCAAAGUAUGGUUUCAGAAUCGUAGAAUGAAGCUGAAAAAGACCACCGAAAGUAAAGUCGAUAAAAUCGAGAAGAAAAAUUUAAAUCCUCCGAAGAAUGGAUACAAUCAGUUACUUGCCGCUGAAGUUAAUCGUAGGCGAAUGAACCCACUUGGAUUAGGUUCAACUAUACAUUACCAUCAUUCGCCACCGAUUCAAGAUAUGGGUUUUAAAAACGACGGUAACUACUGGACGAAUGGUACCAACUACCAACCGACAUACAGCGGAAGUAUGCAAAAUGCUACCAUUUAUACUGAAUCUUCUGACGCCCAAGUGUAUAAUAACAACAUUAAUAAUUAUUAUUCACCCGUCAAUGGGUUCUAUAAUAAUAAUAAUAAUAACUAUACCGGUUAUUAUGGAAACCCUGUUGACUACAUCGAUUAUAACUAUAAAGAACACACUACUGUCACUGGCUAUCCGGCUAAUAACAGUAACUGUUAUACAUACCGAGUAAUUCCUGAUCCAGUGCAAACCUUGAGCUCUGUCCCAGGAAUUACACCAUCGAAUGAGUUAAACAACAAUAUCAAUAGUUUCAAUUAUUCAAGCACUACCCAUAAUCUCUAUCAACUUCAGUAAACAAUGGGAUUUAAUAGAUGUCAUUAUUAAGUAAGGCCGAUAUUUUUGUGUAAUGUUAAGUCAUUAAGAAGGGAGUGUGUAAAUAAUGAUCAAGUAUUUAAUUCAUGGGUAAUUAGAAUAAAAGUCAGUAGAUAAAAUUAUGAUUAAAUAAAUAGUGAAGAUGUAAAAUAUGGAAUUCAAUUGAAUUGCUAAUAAUAUUAUAUGAAUACUAUUGAUAAUUUAGUAUAUACACUGUAAAAAGAGCGGUGUUAAAAAUGGACUCAUUUUAACUCCGCCCGGUGUUCAAAUAAAAUUACACCGGUGUAGAAGGAGUAAUUCACCGGUGUUAAAAAUACCGGUGUUAAAUCGGGGUAACCGGUGUAAAAGCGGAGUAAAAUUGGUGUAAAAGCGGGGUAACCGGCGUAAAAACAGGGUAAACUGCGCCCGCUUUGAGUAUUAACUUUAAAGAUUAUAAAACACGAACAAAUGUCAGUUCUUUAUCAAAAUUAAUAAAAAAUAUCAUUUACUUAAUAGUAUAGUGAUCGAGUAAGUAAAAAUAUUUACAAAGUAAAAUAUUUUAACACUGGCCUAGAACAUUUACACCGGCAGCGGUGUUUUUUUUAACACCGGAGAAUUUUUUUUAACACCGGUACAGAAUAUUUACAUCGGUGGCGGCGUUAUUUUCACUCCGCUUUCGGUGUUGAAAUUUAACCCCGCCAAUUUUAACACCUACACCGCUUGGACUUAC